GAGUCAGUCAGCAGAAGUGGUCGAGGGAUUUCAUCGUGGACUAACUUAGAUUGCAAACUUUUGAAGCUGCUUUUAAGUUCAUGUGAAAGAGAUGUGAGCGCCUUUGAACUUUGUAAAAGAGCGACAUCGCGUGAAUCUGCGCUUUGUGUUAGACACCGAAGAAAAGAUUUCAGGGAGAUUUAACGAUGUUUUUCACCGAUGGCAUGAGCAGAUCAUGGUCGCCCGCGGUUGUGAGGAGAUACAUAAGGUCUUAAAGGAAGAAUAUUGCUUGCUAUAUCGACGGCAUUACCUCAGAAACAUGAGGGAUUGUCUCUUGUGGAACUUCGUCAAAGUGAUUCUGUUCUGGACGUUAGCUGACGCUCAGGCUGGUGACGAUGGCGAGAUUACAGCUGAAGAACAGGUACAAAUGCUGCUGGAUGCAAAGCUGCAGUGCCUCCAAAGGGUCUCUACCGAUGACCCUGCAGUUGGUGUGUGUGUCCCAGAGUGGGAUGGUCUGAUUUGUUGGCCUCAAGGCUUCCCUGGGACUCUGACCAAGACACCCUGCCCCGGAUACAUCUAUGACUUCAACCAUGCAGGACACGCAUACAGAAGGUGUGACUCUAAUGGUUCCUGGGUGCUGGCAGAGAGCUCAAACAAGACCUGGGUCAACUACACUGAAUGCAUCAAAUCCCCAGAGCCCAACAAAAAAAGACAGGUCUUUUUUGAACGGCUGCACAUCAUGUACACAGUCGGCUAUGCAGUCUCUUUCAGCUCUCUUCUAGUGGCCAUCUUUAUUAUCGGAUAUUUCAGACGACUCCACUGCACCAGGAACUACAUUCACAUGCACCUGUUUGUUUCCUUCAUGCUGCGUGCCGCCAGUAUCUUUGUGAAGGAUCACGUGGUGCACACUAGCGCCGGGCUGCAGGAAUUUGAUGCUGUGCUCAUGAAUAACUUCACUAAUGCUGUGGAUGUGGCACCAGUGGACACUUCACAGUAUAUGGGAUGUAAAGUGACCGUCUUGCUGUUCAUCUAUUUCCUGGCUACAAACUACUAUUGGAUCCUGGUGGAGGGCUUGUACCUGCACAGUCUCAUCUUCAUGGCCUUCUUGUCGGACUCUAAAUACCUGUGGGGUUUCACUUUAAUCGGGUGGGGUGUUCCUGCCGUCUUUGUUGCAGCAUGGGCUGUUGUCAGGGCAACGCUGGCGGAUGCAAGAUGCUGGGAGCUGAGUGCGGGAAACAUCAAAUGGAUCUACCAGGUUCCCAUUUUGACAGCCAUUGGGCUGAACUUCAUCCUGUUUGUGAAUAUCGUACGGGUCCUUGCUACCAAAAUCCGUGAAACCAACGCAGGCAGAUACGACACAAGGAAACAGUACAGGAAGCUUGCCAAAUCCACGCUCGUGUUGGUGUUUGUUUUCGGGGUGCACUACAUCGUGUUUGUUGGAAUGCCGCACACCUUCGAGGGUUUAGGCUGGGAGGUGCGGAUGUAUUGUGAGCUGUUCUUCAAUUCUUUCCAGGGCUUCUUUGUGUCAAUCAUCUACUGCUACUGUAACGGUGAGGUCCAGACUGAGAUCAAGAAGACAUGGACGAGAUGGAACCUAGCAUUUGAUUGGAAGGGCCCUGUGGUGUGCGGGAGCUACCGCUAUGGCUCAGUGUUGACCGGCCUCAACAACAGCACCAGCAGUCAGUCCCAGCUGGCGACUGGAGGCCCAGGCACCCGCUCCACCACACUCUUCUCCAGCCGAGUAUAUCGCAGCAGUGGCGGCCCCACUGUCAGUACUCAUGCCACCCUGCCAGGCUACGUGCUCAAUUCAGAUGCAGACAGCCUGCCACCUUCCAUACCCGAGGAGCCGGAGGACAGUGCAAAGCAGGUGGAUGACAUCCUGUUGAAGGAAUCACUGCCCACCAGACCCAGUAGCGGUCUGGAGGACGAUGAGGAAACUCUGUAGAAAAAUUGAGUGUAAUUGCAUUUUUAAAGUGCAAAAGUGACAGUACAUUACCUGCAGUUCAGGUCAGUGAGGAAUAUGAUGGCGCAUUGACAACAGACACUUCCUGCUCAAGCUGUGACACACAGUUUUGUUUCUGACACAACGCCACAUGCUGACAGAUUGAUGUGUUCGUGGCAAGAUAUGUCCAUCCAUCAUAGUGCUGGAAAAGUUGAAGAUGGAUGAAAUUUCCUGUCACUUUCUGCAGUUCUGACACUACAGAUUGGACAAUGUGAAUGCUGAGAGUUUUUUGGCUUUCAAGUGCAAUGGCAACUAUUUAUUUUUUAAUACAGGUUUCUGUUGUUAAGAACCAUGAUGUCAUCAGGAGAGUUUUUUUUAUUUGAUUUAUUUUUUGGUAAAAGCAUGACGUUUACACUUGCAUACUGU